ACGUGGACGCCAGAGGAGGAGGAAAUUAUGGACGAAUAUGGACCCAGGUUACGGAAACUUGAGGGCAAGAAAGCCCUACGUGCCAUUGAAGGCCAACAGACCUGUGCAUAUGAUCAACUGAAAAAAGAUUUCAAUAUCCAAAGUGAUGAAGAAGAUGAGCCGCCAUAUUUACCAUCGGCUAAAAUAUUCGCAGAAAUGCUAGAAAUGAGGAAAGUACAACGUCAGUAUGCGGAAACAAUUAAAGAGUUGGAUAAGAAAGUUGCGGAUCUUAGAAAGGACUUGGCAUGUCGAUUUAUCUCGGGUGAAAGGCGGAAGGAACUGGGAGAUGCAUUGGAAGCACAGAUUGCGCACCGCAAGGAAGCAAGGACCACAUUGUUCGAGAUAAUGGCAAAACAGGUGGAAAUGGCAGAGAGAAAAAAACAAUUGGAAGCACAAGAAGCUGUAGAACUAGUGGAAAAACAAGAAAACUGGGGCGCACCGUUCAUUGGACCAUUAAACAGACCAGAACCGAAUAUCCUAGGACCGACGCGCCCUAUGCUUCGUAAACGACCCGUACCACCAGUUGUACCCCCACCACAACCAGCUGGUGCGACUGGAGGUGUGGAACCAACUCCUCCAGUAAGUCCAAAACUUCAUCCGUUCAGGAUGCCAAGCUUAAAACGUUUAAUGGAGCAAGGAUAUCUUCCAAAAGAACGUAAGUACAAUUAA